AAAUUUUCAUCAUGAGAUCUGAUGAUAAUCAUGAGGUGAUUCAUAAAAAUUAUAUUAAAAAACACAGCAUGAUGAAGAGAUUUUCAUUUAGAAAUUCAAUUCUAUAUGUGCUUGAAAAACAAAGAUUUAUGUGUCUUUUGAUUGGAAUUGCUACGUCAAUUGUCAUUUGCUCUGUAGUUUCUAUUUCUUCUCCAAUAUUAAAAUCCGAUUUCGAAACGAUUAAUAUUCAAGAUACAUUUAUAUUGAGUAAUCCGAUCCCUCGAAGAAUUGCGUAUGAGUUGGUUGAUGAAACCGACCACGCUAAUGCAGGUGGAAAGGUUCCUUUGGGAUUGAAGGGAAAGACUAAGAGAAUAUUAGUAACAGGAGGAGCAGGAUUUGUUGGGAGCCAUUUGGUGGAUAGAUUAAUAGCAAGAGGAGAUAGUGUUAUUGUUGUUGAUAAUUUUUUUACAGGUAAAAAAGAGAAUUUGUUGCACCAUUUCAAGAACCCAAGAUUUGAACUUAUUCGACACGACGUCGUUGAGCCGAUUUUGUUAGAAGUUGAUCAAAUUUAUCAUCUAGCUUGCCCUGCUUCUCCUGUUCAUUACAAGUUUAAUCCAGUCAAGACUAUCAAAACAAAUGUGAUGGGAACAAUGAAUAUGUUGGGAUUAGCAAAAAGAGUGGGAGCUAGAUUUCUUAUUACUAGCACAAGUGAAGUUUAUGGUGAUCCAUUGCAACAUCCUCAAGCUGAGACUUAUUGGGGCAAUGUUAAUCCCAUUGGUGUCCGCAGUUGUUAUGAUGAAGGAAAACGUACAGCUGAAACUUUGACCAUGGAUUACCAUAGAGGACUCAACAUUGAGGUUAGAAUUGCUAGGAUUUUCAACACAUAUGGACCACGUAUGUGCAUAGAUGAUGGUCGUGUUGUUAGCAAUUUUGUUGCACAGGCUUUAAGAAAGGAGCCAAUGACAGUUUAUGGAGAUGGAAAACAAACCAGGAGCUUUCAAUUUGUCUCUGAUUUGGUUGAAGGUUUGAUGAGGUUGAUGGAAGGAAAUCAUGUAGGUCCUUUUAAUCUUGGGAAUCCUGGUGAAUUCACCAUGCUUGAACUAGCUAAGGUGGUGCAAGAAACAAUAGAUCCAAAUGCAAAAAUAGAAUUUAGGCCCAACACAGAAGAUGAUCCACACAAGAGAAAGCCAGAUAUUACAAAAGCAAAACAGCUUCUAGGAUGGGAGCCAGCAGUUUCUCUCCGGCAAGGACUUCCGAUGAUGGUUGAUGACUUCCGGCAACGGAUUUUCGGUGACGGCAAACAAGAUUCCGGCAACUUAUUAACCAUAUAAUAAUUAUAUAUAGAAAUUAA